GAAAAAAGCAAAAACAAAGAUACAGAAAAUAAAUGUUUCCAUUCGAUACAGUUCAUAUUCUGCUGAAUUGCACUAUUUCCUGCGCUGUACCAGCGAUAAAAGUGUAUUUUGUAUAGAAGCAGUAGAUAAAACACAUUUCUUUCACGCUUUACGUGAGAAAUUAUCUCCAAAAGGACAGCUUAAAAAAGUCGACAACGGUAAAGCGUAGAAAACAUGUCGGAGUCCUACGAUUAUCUUUUCAAAUUUCUCAUCAUCGGCCGUGCGGGAAGUGGCAAAUCCUGUCUGCUGCACCACUUUAUCGAGAACAAAUUCAAGGAGGAUAGUUCGCACACAAUCGGCGUAGAGUUUGGUUCACGGAUUGUCAACGUCGGUGGAAAAUCGAUUAAGCUACAGAUUUGGGAUACAGCAGGCCAGGAACGGUUCCGAUCAGUAACACGUUCCUACUACCGUGGUGCAGCGGGUGCUUUGCUGGUGUACGAUACAACCUCGCGUGACAGCUUUAACGUGCUGUGGAACUGGCUGAACGAUGCCCGCACAUUGGCUAGCCAAAACAUCUGCAUUUUGCUGGUGGGUAACAAGAAAGACCUGGAGGAAGAUCGCGAGGUAACUUUCCUGGAGGCGAGCAACUUUGCCCAGGAGAACGAGCUUAUCUUUCUGGAGACGAGCGCCAAAACAGGGGAAAACGUAGAGGAGGCAUUUUUGAAAUGCUCCAAAACCAUCCUGGCCAAGAUUGAAACGGGUGAACUAGAUCCGGAACGGAUCGGCAGCGGUAUUCAGUAUGGGGAUGCCGCGGCACGUAACGCAGCUGCCGGAACGCUCGCGGGUGGCCAACAACCGAGGAGCCGCUUGCGGCCUGACUGUGCAGGUAGCAGCAGUUGCCGAUCGUCGUAGAAGGUGUGGACAAACGCUUGCCUUCCUUUCUGGCGGAAUGCAAUGAGAUGAGGACGGGUGUCGUGUACGGAUCUGCAACGGUGGUUUCUUAUCUGACCAUAAGAUAAGACGUUCCGUUUGUGGAAGUUUCAAUCAAAACACACUAAAGGACACUCAGGAGAAACGAUUGUUUGUGUGCAAAAGGAACGAAUCUCAAAAAUGUGCUACGCAAAAUGGUUAUAAGAUUAAAUCGCGGAUAUGAUUAGUGUGCGGCAGACGAUGCACCUUGAUCAUCCGGAUUGUUUAGGAUUCAGUAUUGGACUAUACCCUACUAAGCUGUAAUGGCAGCACAUUACAGCACUUUCGGACGCAAGACGUCUGAAGGAAAAAAAACCAUUGACCUGCGCCUUUUCGAUCGCAUUUCAGUCAAUCUGUGUUACACUUGAACUUAUACAUAAUCUUCCCAACCUUGCAAAAUAACCAUAAAAGUUAUUGCAUUGGUUUGUCUUUUGUAAUUCUAAAUGCUUUAGUUGUUGUUAAACGUUAUCAUAAACGUAGUAGAUUUGUGUCUUUUGUUUAAUUAAUGUUUCAUUUAUUAAGUUGUACGUUCACUUUAUGCAAUUUGCAUCAGUAUCGCACUAUUUUGUUUUGGCUUUGAUCGACAUUAUGAGUAAACACAGUAAAUAUCUCACACGUUGUAAAAUGAACACUUGUCUCGCAAUAGAAACGUUAUCUAAAUUUCAAAAAAAGAAGAAUCAGUAAAGAAAACUAAUAAUAUUCCUCAUAUUUUUCUUCAUUUUAAAAGCCAGCGUUCUGAAUUGAUUUUGAUGUAAAGAGAAUAUAAUGAAUAUUAAUCAUCGGUUUAUAUUAGAUUGUAGCAAUUGUCAUGAUGGAGCCUUCGGUUUAGUACCGGUUGAAAUGUUUAGGGAAAUGUGAUGUUAAUUACGAAUCGCGGGACAAAGUGCAGAGCUGACUAAACAACUUAAACCACUUAGAUGUAAUUGUAAAGAAGCAAAACAAACAAAAAAAAAAAAAAAAAAUUAAAAAAAAAUCUAAAUACAAAAUGAAACUUUAUUGUGCAUUAGACAUCUUUAUACCUGAAUAGACUGGAGAGGAAAAUUGACAUCAAUAAAUUUCUUAAACAAGA